UUAACAUAUCAACUCCACAUAUCAUUUUUGCGUGUGUGUAUUCAAAUUGUGCAGUUUUACAAAAAAAUUAAAAUAAGGUUUUUGAACAAAUCGAGCGGUUUUGAGCAAAGUGAAGUGGUUAUUCAGUUUCAGAAAAUUUCGGAAGCAAAGAAAAAAAAAAAUCGAUCGUAUCAGUAUCAGUGACUGAAGAUAACCAACCAGGAGAGAUCUGCACCAUUGUAGCGCGCUGAGUGUUUGUUGGUGGUGUUGAGUAGUGUUUUUCGGGAAAAUAAUAUCAUCAUUGAAGAGGAGGAAAAGCAUUAAGCUCUAAUCUGAGGGCACUAUGUGUUAUCGGUUUCUGUGAAAUCGUUACUUUGAGUGAAAAAUACAUUUUAAUUUUGAUUUCGUUUUUGUUUGGAAAAAUCCAAAGUGAGUUUAGUUGUUUCUACCGAUAUCGUUCUAUCAGCCGAAUAAUGUAAUCAGCUGUAAAAGAUUUCAUAAGUGAUAUAAAAGAAAAAAAAAAUCAAAGGUUUCCAUUGUGGAGAAAAGUAGCAUCCCUGAAGCAAAGAUUGAUUGUGUAUCAUCUACAAGAAUAUAAAAAAAUGUCAGCUUUACGUUUGUGGUUGAGCAUGAUUCCUCUCCUGCUGUGCAUAGCUGUGAUAAGCCGCCCCGUAUAUGGAAUAUUCGACCGGCUGGUGGUGCAGACGAGCAGUGGCCCUAUUCGGGGUCGUUCGACAAUGGUGCUAAGUCGCGAAGUACAUGUGUUCAAUGGAGUUCCGUUUGCAAAACCACCAGUCGAUGGUCUGCGCUUCCGCAAGCCUGUCCCAGCUGAGCCAUGGCAUGGUGUAUUGGAUGCUACACGAUUACCACCCUCGUGUAUUCAGGAAAGGUAUGAAUAUUUUCCCGGCUUCGCAGGCGAAGAGAUGUGGAAUCCUAAUACGAACGUAUCGGAAGAUUGCCUGUAUCUGAACAUUUGGGUGCCCACCAAGACCCGUUUGCGUCAUGGCCGUGGCCUAAACUUUGGAAGCAACGACUACUUUCAGGACGAUGAUGACUUCCAACGCCAGCAUCAAUCCAAGAGUGGCCUUGGAAUGCUAGUGUGGAUAUAUGGUGGGGGUUUUAUGAGCGGUACAUCAACACUGGACGUUUAUAAUGCUGAAAUGCUUGCGGCGGUUGGAAACGUGAUCGUGGCGUCCAUGCAGUACCGAGUGGGCGCUUUUGGGUUCUUCUACCUCGCGCCUUACUUGAAUGGAAACGAGAACGAUUCACCUGGUAACGUUGGUCUGUGGGAUCAAGCGCUGGCUAUUCGGUGGUUGAAGGAGAACGCCAAAGUCUUUGGCGGUGAUCCUGAUUUAAUUACUCUGUUCGGUGAGUCAGCAGGUGGUAGCUCUGUGAGUCUACAUCUACUGUCGCCUGCCACACGGGGGCUAUCGCGGAGAGGCAUCCUGCAAUCUGGUACGCUGAAUGCACCGUGGAGUCAUAUGACUGCCGAAAAGGCUCUGUCGGUUGCGGAAGCACUAAUCGACGACUGCAACUGUAAUGUGACGCUAUUGAAGGACAACCCCAACUAUGUAAUGAACUGCAUGCGGAAUGUCGAUGCUAAAACUAUAUCAGUCCAGCAAUGGAAUUCAUACUCCGGAAUUCUAGGAUUUCCAUCCGCACCAACAAUUGAUGGGGAGUUUAUGACUGGUGAUCCGAUGACAAUGCUACGAGAAGCAAAUUUGGAAGGUGUUGAAAUUUUGGUGGGAAGUAAUCGAGAUGAAGGCACAUACUUUCUGUUGUACGAUUUCAUCGAUUAUUUCGAGAAGGAUGCAGCAACGUCGUUACCGAGAGAUAAGUUCUUGGAAAUAAUGAACACCAUCUUCAGCAAAGCGUCCGAGCCGGAGCGUGAAGCGAUUAUAUUCCAGUACACUGGCUGGGAAAGCGGAAAUGAUGGAUAUCAAAACCAACAACAAGUGGGCCGAAGUGUAGGAGAUCAUUUCUUCAUCUGUCCUACUAAUGAAUUCGCCCUUGGCUUAGCCGAACGAGGUGCUUCUGUGUACUAUUACUACUUUACUCAUCGUACAAGUACGUCGCUGUGGGGUGAAUGGAUGGGUGUGUUGCAUGGUGAUGAAGUGGAAUACAUCUUCGGACAACCCAUGAACAUAUCGCUACAAUAUCGGCAGAGGGAACGAGAUCUCAGUAGACGAAUGGUGCUCUCAGUUAGUGAAUUUGCACGAUCAGGCAAUCCCGCCCUGGAAGGAGAGCACUGGCCGGUGUACACCAAGGACAAUCCUAUCUAUUUCAUUUUCAAUGCGGAAGGUGAAGAUGAUCUUCGUGGCGAAAAGUACGGACGGGGUCCAAUGGCGACGGCAUGUGCAUUCUGGAACGAUUUCUUACCCCGACUGAGGGCAUGGUCUGUUCCACCAAAGCCAUCGUGCAACAUAUUGGAGCAAACUUCGGCGGCAAGAAUCUUGUUCGUAGAUAUCAAAAUUGUAACCGUACUUAUGGUGUUCAUUCUAGUGAGAUUAUUCUAAACUCGUCCGUCAUCUAUUCUCCCAUCCCACUCUUAUGAAGCAAAACUAGGCUAUAUCUAUCUGUACCUAGAGAAGGUUAAACUGGAGCUUUAUAUGUGGUCAUUCCCCACCAAAGGACUUUACUUCAAUACUGAAGCGUGUUUCAAAUUACCGAAGAGGAUACAAAAGGAACAAUCAAUUUGAUGUUUUCGCCAAGUGAGAGUUUGGGAAUUGAUUGGAACAUUCCAAUUGCAUGCGGAUUUCACGGUGCAACCUAGUCUGUCCUGAUGUGAUCGAUGAAAGCCAAUACUCGAUAAGAUUGCAUGGAUGAUUUGAGCUUGAUUGGUGAGGCGCGGGCGCUUUAUACACCAUAAUUUUGUUGAGACACACACUCACUCACUCACAAACACACACACACACGCACCCACAAACACAUACACACACAC